ACGUCCUACGCUCAUCCCAGGAACCUGGCACUGUGAUGAAACACUCCUGUCCCUUCAUCUGAGUGACUCUUCCCAACAGCCCCUAAGAGGGAGAUAAUGUUUGAACUGAAUUAGUAAGGGUUCUGAAGUCAAAGCUCAUAAAAUUAAUGAUGGCAGGAAAAUCAUCACUUUUAAAAGUAAUUCUCCUUGGAGAUGGUGGAGUUGGGAAGAGUUCUCUUAUGAACAGAUAUGUAACUAAUAAGUUUGAUGCCCAGCUCUUCCAUACAAUAGGUGUGGAAUUUUUAAAUAAAGAUCUGGAGGUGGAUGGACAUUUUGUUACCAUGCAGAUUUGGGACACAGCUGGUCAAGAGCGAUUCCGAAGCCUGAGGACGCCUUUUUACAGAGGCUCUGACUGUUGCCUACUUACCUUUAGUGUCGAUGAUUCACAGAGUUUCCAGAAUUUGAGUAACUGGAAGAAAGAAUUCAUAUAUUAUGCAGAUGUAAAAGAGCCUGAAAGCUUUCCUUUUGUGAUUUUGGGCAACAAGUUAGACAUAAGCGAACGACAGGUGUCUACAGAAGAAGCUCAAGCGUGGUGCAGGGACAACGGCGAUUAUCCUUACUUUGAGACAAGUGCAAAAGAUGCCACCAAUGUUGCAGCAGCCUUUGAGGAAGCAGUUCGAAGAGUUCUUGCUACUGAGGAUAGGUCCGAUCACUUGAUUCAGACAGACACCGUCAAUCUUCAUCGAAAGCCCAAGCCUAGCUCAUCCUGCUGUUGAUCAUUAGAUAGAUGGUUGGUGCAUUUUAACAAACUCACACAUACAUGGUGAACAUGAGGGUGGAUAAGAGAAUUAGCAUUUGCAGCAAUGUGUCAUGUACUAAUAAAAUUAAUGUAUGUCACUGCUUCAUUAGUUGGUGAGAGAAGGGACACAUCCACUCUGGAGGAAUUGAUUUAUUCAGUAAUGGCACCUUGCCUUUCUAAAUUGUAACAGUUGUCUAAUAAAUGUUUCUUUAAAUAUGUAAGUUAGAGCUAAUAAAAAAUGACCAAGACAUUAAUUAUAAUUAAAACAAAAACUUGACUGUUCUAGAAGAUAUGCUUGGAUUUUUUUUUCCCCCGGGAAAAGGGAGAACUACUUUUCUAUGUGUAUAUUUUUAUGUAAUUAGCAUUCUGUUCUUGGUUCAAGGGAAAAAUCUAAAGAAAUACUGUUAUAAUAUUAAAGAUCAAAGUCUAAUGCA